GUAUGUUUUGAGGCGCUACUCAACACUGCUUAAAUAUCAUUCCAGCAUCACAUGGAAUGUAAUCAUCCAUGAACAUCCCAGGCAUAAUUUCCCUACCCAACCAGAGGAUUCCCAAACAUAACAUAAUGCAGGCCGGCGUCUUUGCUUUUCUUUUGAUGCUUCUUCUUGGCGGAGCCAGAGCCAUAGCUUCUGCCUCCGACAGCACCCACUGUCGGUGCUUGGCAGCUGUGCAUUUGGAUAUGUGUCAUAUCGAGGACUUGUUUUUUUGUGAUACCAAUCACGCAGAAGAUCUUCAAGCAGCAAACGAUGAAGUGAUAGACUCACAGAAAGUGUGGCCCCUCACAUGGCGCAGGCGCAGCCAUCUGAGUCAUCGGGCCAAACUGUUGAGGGACCUCAAAUGGGAGCUUCACGUCUACAAAAGCAACAUUAUGGCUGAACAGCAGUUGAUCGAGAAGGUAGUCGAGCUGGCUUACGUCGUACACUACAACCAUGUACGUCAACAAAAUAUCCUAUCGGAAGUGGCUGACCAGCUGUUGGAAAUGCGCGCUGUUGACGCCAUUCGAUUUGUCAACUACAUAUCCUCGGAUCUCCGCGAACAGAUCUCAUCUCCCACCGACAAAUGGCGUUCCCCGUAUUUUGAUAUUAUAGAGCGUGACUACCUUGAGGUGCCAAGUGAAAGAGAAGGAAGACCCUUUCUCCAACAGUACAGACAUCACUAAAGAAAAUACUUCCGAAAAAGCCGAACAAUUCAUACUAAUUAACUUAUAAGCGAGCAGAAAAACAGAACCCAAAGAAAUAAAUGA